UGUAUGUCUAAGUUUAUAAACACUUAGGUGCUUUAAAAUUUUCUCCUUUUUCAGACAUAAGGCAGAGUCACUGCUGUUCAUUCUGACAUCAAGUUCCAGAUUAUUGACCCUUGGACAACAGUGCAAUUAUAUGGAAGCAUGGCUGGUUAUAAACCUGUAGCGAUUCAAACAUAUCCUGUACUUGGCCAGAAAAUCACCCAAGACACUCUGUACUGGAACAAUUACAAGACCCCUGUUCAGAUUAAGGAAUUUGGCGCCGUGUCCAAAGUGCACUUUUCUCCUCAGCCUCCAUAUAAUUACGCGGUCACAGCUUCCUCGAGAAUCCACAUUUAUGGCCGCUACUCUCAAGAACCUAUAAAAACCUUUUCCCGGUUUAAAGACACAGCAUACUGCGCUACUUUUCGACAGGAUGGUCAGUUGCUGGUCGCCGGCAGUGAAGAUGGUGUUGUCCAACUUUUUGAUAUAAGCGGGAGGGCUCCCCUCAGGCAGUUUGACGGCCACACAAAAGCAGUCCAUUCAGUAGAUUUUACAGCUGACAAAUAUCACGUGGUCUCUGGAGCUGAUGAUUAUACAGUUAAACUAUGGGAUAUCCCAAACUCCAAAGAAAUUCUGACAUUCAAAGAACAUUCUGAUUACGUGAGGUGUGGCUGGGCUAGCAAACUGAACCCAGACCUUUUCGUCACAGGGUCAUAUGAUCAUACUGUGAAGAUGUUUGAUGCCCGGACAAAUAAGAGUGUUCUCUGUGUGGAGCACGGGCAGCCCGUGGAGAGCGUCCUGCUCUUCCCCUCGGGCGGGCUUCUGGUGUCGUCAGGAGGCCGAUAUGUUAAAGUCUGGGACAUGUUAAAAGGAGGACAGUUGCUUGUGUCUUUGAAAAAUCAUCACAAGACGGUGACGUGCUUGUGUCUGAGCAGCUCUGGACAGAGGUUACUCUCCGGAUCUCUGGAUAGAAAAGUUAAAGUCUACAGCACCACUUCCUACAAAGUCGUCCAUAGCCUUGACUAUGCAGCGUCAAUCUUAAGUCUGGCACUUUCUCAUGAAAAUGAGACGAUAGUUGUAGGAAUGACCAAUGGAAUACUGAGUGUUAAACACCGGAAAUCUGAAGCGAAGAAGGAAUCCCUUACAAGGAAAAGGAGGCCUGCGUAUCGAACCUUUAUUAAAGGAAAAUUUUACAUGAAGCAACGGGAUGACAUCAUGAUCAACAGGCCAGCAAGGAAACACCUAGAAUGGUAUGACAGGGAUCUGAAGAGUUUUCGAAUCUCAAAGGCACUUGACAGAGUCCUUGAGCCCAAGUGUGUAAUAAAGACACCAGAGGUUACGGUUUCCAUCAUAAAGGAACUAAAUCGGAGAGGCGUCCUUGCCAAUGCUCUUGCAGGUCGGGAUGAGAAGGAGAUCACGCGGGUUCUUAACUUUUUGAUCAGGAAUCUGUCUCAGCCACGAUUUGCCCCGGUUUUGAUCAAUGCUGCUGAAAUAAUCAUCGAUAUAUAUCUACCUGUGAUUGGCCAGUCAUCAAUAGUUGAUAAAAAGUUUAUAGUACUUCAAGGACUCAUAGAAAAAGAGAUUGAUUACCAAAGAGAACUCCUAGAAACCUUGGGGAUGAUGGACAUGCUGUUUGCUACCCUGACAAGGAAUGGCAGCACCUCCGUGUCAGAGCACGAGCCCGCUGAAGCCCUAGAGGAGACAGCCACCGCGUCAGCCCAGGGACAGGGAGCUGCUAGCGGGAGUUUUCCCGACUCUAUUAACUACUGA